AUGAUUCACGUGCACACUGAUAACUUUAGCCGGUUCAUACUUGAUCCCGAAGGGAUCCCCAAGAUACCCAACAACGACACCUUUGUUCGUCCAAAAGGAUCAACUUCUUUCAAGCCUGGUCGUUCCACCGAUGAGCCGUUAGAUUCUAUCCGAGAGGAGUGGGCAAAUCAUUUGUGUGAAGAUUUCGAACAACACUACACGGGGCGCUUCAACAAGUCAACUCUUGAAUUAUCAGCCAAGUUCUUGUUCCCACUUUCCAGAGCUCGUGCUUUUGUGUUGGGGUAUGAAAAUAAUCAGCCAGAGGAAGUACUUGAUCGGCUGAUAGGCGGAGGAUUGUACGAAGGCCACAUCAGAUUCCUUCAAGAUAGCAGUGCCAGUUUUCGCGCGGGGGAAAGCUUUAUGGCUCAUAGACUUGAGGAGCAGGACUCGUUAAUAGCCAAGCAUCGAAGUGCUUGUAUGAAACAGCUCAGUGCUGUAUUGCGGAAACAGAUGACUCGCAUCACAAAAUCAGAAACUGCUCAAAAGAAGAUGGAGGCAGCGCAGAAAAAGCGUGAGGCAGACGAGAAGAAAAAAAUAGAGGCGGAUAAGAAGAAAUUGGAAUUGGCUAGGAAGAAAUUGGAGGCGGCUAGGAAGAAAUCAGAGGCAGAUCAGAAGAAAUUGGAGGCAACUAAGAGGAAAUCGGAGUCGGCUAGGAUGAACCCAGAGGCUCAACAAACUCAAACACCCGAAGAAAAUUUGAAAGCUGCCAAAAAAAGAAAAACAAACAACAAGAAUGUUAAAUCUUCAAGGAGUCAAGGCAACCAUCAACAAAUUUCACGAACCUCACAGUUGAGCAACGACGGUCUGAUCAGCGUCAUUAUCAUCCAGGUUAUGUAG